CAGUAUGUACAGGUGUCUUUGAAGUCAUUAUAAUGUUAAUACAUAUUGAUGAACAUACCUAAAUAGCCUCUCACAUGCCUCAUAAUGUUUAUAAUAGUCGAUCUUGAUAUCUGAUAUGUUUAGUAAACUUUUAGUAUUGUUGUUUUUUGUUUUCGAAUAUGCAAAGACACAAGAUGCAAACUGCGAUUUCAGACAAGAUGUAGAAGUAGGUCAAACGUACUAUGUGUAUAAUCCAGGAUAUUCAAGUAAUUAUGAACCAGGUGUACAGUGCAGGUGGAUAGGACGUUGUCCAGAUGGGUACAGGUGUAAACUGUACUGUUCCGAAGUAUCAUUACCUGAGAGUCCGUCGUGCUCCUUGGAUCGUUUGUUGAUCUCCAAGAGCGGAGAUCCUCAGUUGUCUGCCGCGGAGCAUUACUGUGGACGUGGUUUUAUGACAGUUGUAUCGACUGGCCAGACAAUCAGUGUAGGUUUAAUAACAUCAAAUAACAGUCCAGGUGGGAAAUUCCUUUGCGAACUUACCGCUGAAAGGGCAGGAACAUCGCCGAACACCCGAACAUGUCGAUGUGGUUAUAAGAAACAGACGCGAAUCGUAGGUGGUGAGGAGACCGCCGUCAACGAGUACCCGAUGAUGGUCGCGCUGGUACACAGCCGAACGGCCGAGAUGGAGUGUGGAGGUGUCAUUAUUGAUAAGCGGUACGUUCUGACGGCGGCCCAUUGCUUGGACAGGCAGCAGAUAUCCAAUCUAGCGGUUGUGGUCGGAGAGCACAAUGUUGAUACCGGUGAUUCGCCAGCUACAAGAGGCUAUAGAAUUAUGGAUGUGAUUAUUCAUCCGCAGUACAGCUCUUCUAGUUACACCAACGACAUCGCGAUUGUGGUAUUGGACCAGGACAUCGAGUUCGGCCCGCUGGUCGGACCCGUCUGCUUACCAUUUAAAUUCGCUGAUGAUGACAUGGCUGGAGACACAGUCACUGUUCUUGGAUGGGGCACACUAUUCAUAGGUGGACCAAUAUCCAAAGUGCUGAGACAGGCGGACUUGGAUGUAAUAAGUCAAGAACAAUGCCAAGCCAAAUAUCAAGCGCUUAAUUCAAGUCAAAUUUGUACCUAUACGCCUGGAAAGGAUGCUUGUCAGCUCGAUUCCGGAGGUCCUUUGCUAUACACAGAUCCUGCGACCGGUCUCCUCUUCAACGUGGGUGUGGUCAGUCAAGGGCGGUUCUGUGCUUCCAGAGGGGAACCGGGUGUUAACACCCGGGUGACGGAGUACUUGUCCUGGAUAAUAAACAACACGCCGGAAGCGGAUUAUUGCAGACAAUGUUCGAAAUUCAAUAAAGUUCUUAUUUCAAAAAUGUAUAUUAAAAAAAGUAUGUUCAUGUUUUUAUUUUUUCUACUCGAAUCUUUGGCUCAAGACCCAAAUUGUGAUUUUACACAAAACGUACAGCCAGGGCAAACGUACUACGUUUACAGUCCGCGGUACCCAUCCAACUAUCCACCCGGUGUGCAGUGCAGGUGGAUAGGUAUAUGCCCAAAUGGAUACAGAUGCAGGCUGUACUGUUCAGAUGUGUCAAUACCACAGACCCCAUCUUGCACCAUGGAUCGACUACUGAUCUCCAGGAGUGGGGACCCACAGCUUAUAGAAGCCGAUUACUACUGUGGACGUGGAACAGUAACAGCUUUAUCAACGGGACAAAGGAUUAGUGUCGGUUUAAUAUCAUCGUACACGAGUCCCGGCGGGAGGUUUAUGUGCGAACUGACCGCUCAACCAGGGUCACCGCCUGAUCAAUGCAGCUGUGGUUAUAAAAAACAGAUGAGGAUAGUCGGCGGAGUGGAGACAGAUGUCAAUGAAUUCCCAAUGAUGGUGGGCCUGGUAGACAGAAACGUUGGGCAGAUCCACUGUGGUGCCGUAAUCAUCGACAAGCGAUACGUGUUGACCGCAGCACACUGCAUCGAGAACCAGAACGUAGCAGAUCUAGCUGUCGUGGUUGGAUUACACGAUGUUGACAGUAACGUGUCUCCUGCCACGAAAGCGUUCAGAGUUACCCGUAUCAACAUUCACCCUGGUUACAGUUCGGCUAGAUACAGCAACGACAUUGCGAUCCUGACCACGCAGGAGGACAUCCAGUUCGGGCCGCUGGUCGGACCUGCAUGCUUGCCGUUUAAAUUCGUCAGUACCGACAUGACCGGAACUAGGCUCACUGUUCUAGGUUGGGGAACUCUUUUCCCCGGUGGUCCAGUAUCUAAUGUCCUACGGAAAGUGGACUUAGAUGUAAUGAGUCAAAAUCAAUGCCAGGCUAAAGUACCAUUGCUUACUCCACAACAGAUUUGCACUUACACGCCAGGGAAAGACGCGUGUCAGGAUGAUUCCGGAGGACCUCUUCUGUACACAGACCCGGCGACAGGACUUCUUUUCAACAUUGGUAUAGUCAGUUAUGGUCGGUUCUGUGCGUCUCAAGGAGAACCCGGUAUAAACACUCGGGUAUCGGCGUAUUUAACUUGGAUAUUGAAUAAUACACCAGGAGCUAAUUAUUGUAGAAAAUAAAUGAAUAAAUAAUCA